AUGACCAGCCCCACCAAGACUGCACGACGCGGCCACAAGCGAAAAGCGAAGGACAACCACAAAGCUGGUCCGUUCAAUAGGCGACCAAUGAGCUCGGAGGCAGGUACCACCUCUUCUGCAGCCCAAGGUGCUUCAACACAAGCACUCGCCGAAUUAGCACAAACAUACGAGGAAGCCAAAGCGGAGCUAGCCACGGCGAACAAGACUUGGAAGGCGGCCAAGAAGGCUCGUCGAAAUGCGAAGAAAGCACUGAAAAAAGCUCAAGACGCUCUAGAGAAAGCCGAUCGAGUCUCCCACAAAGAGCGUCUGACGACAUCCGCGAACGUCAGCACGAUGUCGUCAGCAACGGACGCCAGCAACACUUCUUCCCCCAGCAGCAGCGACAGCGACGGCCACGGCGACAGUAGCCGUGGCAAAAUGCCCGAGUCCAUCCCCAAAAUCAAGACAGCUUCCCAACUAUCAGGUGCGGAGGGCAAAACAGCCAUCGACAAGGCGUCCUCGAGUGCAACUGUCAAGUCUACAUCCCACCUAACUAAGGACGAAUUGGUAGCCACGAAAGAAAAGGAGAACGAAGAAGCAUGGCAGACCGUCGAUGAGGGCGAGACGCGAAGCAAGCCGAAAAUAAACAGACCCAAGAAAGUCAAGAAGGAGACGAAGAAGGGCGGGUUGACGAAGUCACAGAGACGAAGACUCAUUGACGAGUAUGGUGGCCUUAUGGAUGCGGACGACCGUGUAUAUCAGGAAAUAUUGGCUGGAGGGUAUGCCUAUGGCUCUGACGAUGAUAUUUCGGACGACUUUGACAUGCCAGAGCUGUUCAUGGGCGAUCCACGAGAUCGUGAAGUUGCCGAGAUCAUGGGCAUGAAUCCAUACGCAGAUUCGUUUUGGUAG